AGUUUGGGUUCAUAAGCUGCGUUCAUUAUUGAAAAUAGAAGUCACUUCUACCUUCCUCCCCUGGAAAACUUGUUAUCUUCCAUUAAGUGUUUCCUACACAAGGCAUCUUUGGUGGUUCUUUAAGCUACAAAAAAUUACCCAAGCUUGUGUGACAUCAGUCCUGUCAAGUGUCCAUGAUGCUGGGCCCUGAGGGAGGUAAAGCCUAUGUGGUCAAACUCCGUGGCCUACCCUGGUCCUGCUCAAUUGAGAACGUACAAAACUUCCUCUCUGGCUGCACCAUUCAUGAUGGAGUCACAGGUAUUCAUUUCAUUUAUACUAGAGAAGGCAGGCAGAGUGGUGAAGCUUUUGUUGAACUUGAGUCAGAAGAUGAUGUAAAAUUGGCUCUGAAAAAAGACAGGGAAAGCAUGGGACACCGGUAUAUUGAGGUGUUCAAGUCACACACAACCGAGAUGGAUUGGGUGUUGAAGCACAGUGGUCCAAACAACUCCAACAGCGCCAAUGACGGCUUUGUGAGGCUUCGGGGACUCCCAUUUGGAUGCAUAAAGGAAGAAAUCGUUCAGUUCUUCUCAGGGUUGGAAAUUGUGCCAAACGGGAUCACACUACCUGUGGGCCGGGAAGGCAAGAUUACAGGGGAGGCCUUCGUUCAGUUUGCCUCACAACAGUUAGCUGAGAAAGCUUUAGGAAAGCACAUGGAGAGAAUAGGGCACAGGUACAUUGAAGUGUUCAAGAGCAGUCAGGAGGAAGUUCGGUCAUACUUAGAUGCACCUCUGAAGUUUAUGUCUGUGCAGAGGCCUGGGCCUUAUGACAGGCCUGGCACAGCCCGGAGGUACAUUGGCAUUGUGAAACAGGCAGGCCUGGAUAGGAUGAGGUCUGGUGCCUAUAGUACAGGCUAUGGGGGCUAUGAAGCAUACAGUGGCCUCCGUAAUGGCUAUGGUUUCACCACUGACCUGUUUGGGAGAGACUUCAGCUAUUGUCUCUCAGGAAUGUAUGACCACAGAUACAGAGACAGCGAGUUCACAGUGCAGAGCACCACCGGCCACUUUGUCCACAUGAGAGGGCUGCCCUACAAAGCAACGGAGAACGACAUUUACAACUUCUUCUCUCCACUCAACCCUGUGAGAAUUCAUAUUGAGAUUGGUCCUGAUGGAAGAGUGACGGGAGAAGCUGAUGUUGAGUUUGCUACUCAUGAAGAAGCAGUGGCAGCUAUGUCCAAGGACAGGGCCAACAUGCAGCACAGAUACAUAGAACUCUUCCUGAUUUCAACAACAGGGGCUUGCAAUGGAGCUUAUAGCAGCCAGGUGAUGCAGGGCAUGGGUGUAUCAGCUGCCCAGGCAAAGUACAGUGGCCUGGAGAGCCAGUCAAUGAGUGGCUGUUACGGGGCCGGCUACAGCAGUCAGAACAGCAUGGGUGGAUAUGAUUAGUAUUGUAGGAGCAUUUGAGUUAUUUCAAUCAAAAUUUAACAGUCAGCCAAUAAGCAGUCAAGAGCAGUUUAUAACUAGAGGAAGCUGGGGGACCCACUUUGCACCAUGAGUUUGUGAAAUCUGGAUUAA